AUGGCCGUUAUUCUAAGACGCGCACUUGUCUUCGGUGCUUCUGGCAUCGAGAGGAAUGAGCACGCUGUUCCAAAUGGAAAAGUACCCGCUGCCAGAACUGCCUUUCCACGAAAGAUUCUGAACAACGCUUUUUUACUAUGCCUAGGCGGAUGUUAUGACUCGAUUGACGUGGUGUCAAGUUGUUCCUUACGUGCUUAUUGGGUAAGAUAUAGUCCAAGCGCUGGAGGGGUGUGGCGGCUGCAUUUGGGCUGGUUGGAGACCCUGCGGAAGAACGAGAUCGAGUAUGGCCUGAAGUCAAACACUUUGGAUGACGCCGGCUGGGACAUUAUGGCGGGCUUCAUGUUCGGCGAUUGGUACCGCGACAACACCCCGAAAAAGCGGCUCGGAUAUGAGGAUGAUGUUGACGUGUUGAGCGAUUUGAAAGAGGUGUCGGAGCAAUACAUCUCGUUCAAACAGUUGCCUCCUUUCUCGUCUCCCUCUCAGAAACUGAGGGUGCUCCAUCACUGA